UCUUAGUUUCCAACAUGAUGUAGGAAUAUUCAGAGUAGACCGAAAACAGCAAAAUGAAGGAAGACAGAGACCAAGCAUCAAGGUCAAGGGUAACGAAGAAGACAAUGACUCUACCUUGGGAAUUGAUAAUUGAAAUUCUGUUGAGGUUGCCGGUGAAGACUCUUGUCCGAUUCAAGUGUGUUUGUAAGUCAUGGCUUCUUCUCCUAUCCGAUCCACACUUUGCAACAUCACAUUUUGAACUAGCUUCUUCACGCACGCACAGACACAGACUCGUGUUAAUUGCACCUUCUUCUGUUCCUCAAAUACUUUCCAUAGAUUUCAAUGAAUCGCUUCACAGUGAUUCUGAUUCCACUUCCUUAGGCCUCAACUUUCUACCUCCCGGCUCUUAUCAUAACCUUCAAAUCAUAGGCUCCUGUAGAGGCUUUUUGCUUCUCAACUCUUGUCAAACUCUUUGGGUAUGGAAUCCUUCAACAGGUGUUCACAAAAAGGUAUUUUCCUCACCUGUUGAAUCAAAUAUGAAUGCCAUGUUUUUCACCUUGUUCUAUGGUUUCGGCUAUGACCCAUCAAAAGAUGAUUAUUUGGUUGUUAAAGCCUCCUGCAACCCAUUCUCGGGAUGUAAUGCUACCUGGGUGCAGUUUUUCUCGCUCAGAGAUAGCACGUGGCGAGAUAUUGAGGCCUCCCAUUUGUCUUAUAAUUUACUCUCCUCAGAGUGUUUCAGUAAAGGGUUGUUUUUGAACGGUGCUAUUCAUUGGUUGGGGUUUCCUAAUGGUGUAUCAAUGAAUGAUGUUGUUGCCUUUGAUGUAACAGAAAGGAGUUUUUCAGAGAUACCUUUGAGGGUUGAUUUUGAGGGUGACAUUGGAUAUUGUGAUUUGGGAGUAUUUGGAGAAUUGCUCAGUGUAUAUUGUGGGGUGGGGCGGGGCCAUUCGGUGGAAAUAUGGGUGAUGAAAGAAUAUAAAGUAGAAUCAUCUUGGACUAAGACUAUUGUUGUGUCUUGUGAAGACAUUCCUACUGGGUACUUCUUCCUGAUUUCCUCUACAAAAGAUGGUGACAUUGUAGGGACUGAUGGCAAUUGUGGAUUGGCAAAAUGUAAUGGCAAGGGGGAGCUGCUAGAGUAUCGAUCCUAUUGGAACAAUCCGUGCGGAUCCCAGAUGGUUGCGCAUGCAGAGUCUCUGCUUUCACUCACGUGACAGGGAGCUGAAUGAGAUUACUAACUAUAGUGAAAGAGAAGGACUAGUGGGAGUAUCAGCUAGGUAUUGAAGUUGGUGAUCAUAUAUGAUAUUUAAUACACAUGCUUUAGGUAAUUCAGUCACCUACUUCUGGCUAUUAGUAUAGUUUUGGAGCAUUUGAUACUGCAAGAUCCAUCUUUUAAAGAACCAAUGCUACAGCAGCUAAAUAAUUAAUAGGUUUCUGGUUCUGUAUUAUAUCUUUUUCCUGGCUUUGGUUAUUGUGAGGUUUUUAUUAUGUGUAUUUUCAAGAAGUUGAUUUGUACUAAGCUUGAUAUGCUGUUAAUUGUGUGUUACCUGAUAAUGCACACCAUUUUCCUGAAGUAGUAAUAUAAUGGUCAACAAAUAGUUAUC